AUGAACAAGGAUGCAAAUAGAGAACGCCGAGCAUGGACUGAGGAAGAAGAUCAGCUGCUGCGAGACGCUGUUCGCCAAGAGGAUGGAGACAGCGAGCCCCCAACGAAGUGGUCUCAGAUCGCAAAACAUGUCCCAAAUCGAACCAACAAGGAUUGCAGGAAGCGAUGGUUCUCAAAAAUGGCAUCGGUGGUAGCCAAAGGAGUAUGGUCUGCAGAGGAAGACGAGCGCCUCACUGAGGCUGUCGAACUUCAUGGAAACAAAUGGUCUCUAGUUGCAGCCAUGGUGCGGACUCGAAACAACGACCAAUGCGCAAAACGGUGGAUAGACACCCUCAAUCCCCAGAUUGAUCGAUCGGCUUGGUCGUCAGAAGAGGAUGCGCAGCUGCUUCGUGCUGUCGACGAACUAGGGAAGUCAUGGAAGAAAAUAGUGGAGACCCACUUUCCUGGCCGCAGCGGACUUGCGGCCAAGAAUCGUUAUAAUUGUUUGGCGCGAACCAACUUCGGCGCCCUGCGAAGGAAUCGCUUACAUAGAUCUCAUACCCAAGGCCGACCUCGCCCCUCAUCCUCUAGCUCGUCACAACGCUCGUCUAGCCCUGCGCCUUCCUCCGCAUCUUCUCCCAGCAUCUGUUCCACACCUCCACCCCAAUUUCCGCCAUCCAUAGACUUCGCCGAUCUAUCUUUGCCUUCAUUCAACCCCCAGGAAGGUUUAGAUGAACUAUUAAGGCAGCUCGCGCCGCCUUGCUCCCCUCAGACAUUCUCUUCUCCGACAUCACCCCUAUUCCCUCCAGAUAUUCUCGACGGCACCUGCGAGUCUCAAGUGUACCAGUUUUCUUGUCCAUCGGACGUCGAUUCCGAAUCUUUCGACUGGUCAUCGCUCAGUAUUCCGCAGGACCUCUCGCUUUCUCCAGAAUCCAGCCUAUCGCCUUCCACUGUAUCUCCGCCUGACUCAGCAUCUUCGUCAUCAUCAUCUUCCUCAACCCAUUUGGAUGGUCCGACUUCAGUGUCACCGCAGGCGUUGAAUAUAUCUACCUCUACUACUAAUCUAUUGCCUCCACUCGCAGUCUCUGAAUCUCCCUCUAAGCAAGUUACCGUGGCCGUUGCAGUCGCCAUGUGCGAAGCUUCCGACCUUCAAUUCACCGUUCAGACUCUAAUCAGCGGCCUCUGUAAAAACAUUCGCACACAAAACUACAAGACAUCAUAA